AUGGAGUUAUUAUUCGGCUCCAAUACUUUAAUCACGAAAAAAAUGUCUCAAACAGUUCCGCUCAUCGUAAGAUUGUUAGCGUCAUCAGUUUCUGUUGCCAACAGAGCUGGUAAAAUAGUAAGGGAUAUUAUGAGUAAAGGAGAACUUGGAAUCAUAGAAAAGGGAAAGGAUGACUAUCAAACCGAAGCUGAUCGUUCUGCUCAAAGGUGUAUAAUUUCCUCUUUGUCGGCUCAGUUUCCUAAAAUAAAAAUCAUAGGUGAAGAAGAUGGAAAUGAGAAUCAGACAUCUGAUGAAUAUUUGGUAUUGGAUGCUGAUAAGGAUAUACUAAGUCUAGAGUGUCCGGAUGGACUAAAAGAAGUGAAAGAAGAAGAUGUUGUAGUUUGGGUUGACCCUCUAGAUGGGACUGCAGAAUAUACACAAGGAUUUCUCGAACAUGUUACAGUACUUAUUGGUAUAUCUGUAAAUGAGAAACCAAUAGCAGGAGUCAUACAUCAGCCCUAUUUUAAAACUAUUGUUGGCAACGAAAGUAAAAUGGGUCGCACCAUUUGGGGUCUCAAAGAUGCUGGUGUUGGUGGCUUCACACCAGGUUCUCCUCCGGAGUCUUUGAUUUUAACCACUACUAGGAGUCAUUCAAAUCCUUUGGUUGAGAAUGCAUUGCAAGUCAUGAAAGCUACACAAAUUCUUAGAGUGGGUGGAGCUGGUUACAAGGUUUUACAAUUAUUAGAAGGAAAGGCUUCCAUAUACGUAUUUGCUAGUCCUGGAUGCAAGAAGUGGGAUACCUGUGCCCCUGAAGCUAUUCUUACUGCAGCUGGAGGAAAAUUAACUGACAUUCUUGGAAGUUCCUACAAGUAUGGUGCAACAGUAUCGAAGCCAAAUAAAUCAGGGGUCCUCGCAGCUGUUAAUGAUGAGUUGCACACUUAUGCAAUUAACAGAAUACCACAGGAGUUAAAAGAUAAACUAUCUGCUUAA